ACCGGGUGCGCAUGUGCCGGGGUGCCGCUUGGCCAAGAAGCAAACAGACGACACGCGGGGCGAAAGCGCACUCGUUGUGGAAUUGUUUUGAGGAAAAGCGCAAUUUAAAAACACUUUAACAACUGGAGACCAGGAGUGAAAUAACCAACUUUACUUCGAAUCGAUACCUUCAGCCUCGGAGCACCCACAAUUUAAAGCUUCUCGCAACCGGCUUGCGCAAAUUACGCGUGCGAGAGGAAGAGAGCGAGAAAGAGGAGAAGGGAGAGACGGUCUUAAAAAAACGCACCCCAAAAUCCACACAAUACGCAAACGGCGCCUCAAGCGAGUGGUUAAGCAACCUGCGAGAAAAAGGAUUCUCACUCUCUCACUCUCUCUCGCACACGCUUUCUCACGCUCUCUGUUUCACCGCUCUGCUUUCGUCCUUGCUGCUGCUGCUGCUGCUGAAAUAGGGGAAAAUCUAGUCAGCUGAGCGGUUCGGGCUAGUGCGACUACGACCAGGACGCGUCUCCUGUUCCAUCCAGUCAGCAGUGUGUGUGAGGCGCUUUCAUCGACAGGACACCCCGUCGCACUUAGAGCGGUGCGCCCGGAAGUUGGUGUGAUUGCCCACCCUCCAAUUUUGUGGGCUGUGUGAAGGUGUGCGUGUGAGUGUAUCUAAUCUCGUGAGUUGGCGCAAGUGGCAAACAGUGGUGUGCUGCGUGACAAGCGACGGCAGCCUUCCUAAGUUGGUCGUGUCGUGCUGGCAAAAGUAUCGAUUUUUUCGACUCUAGCGAGCUUUCCGGAUGUUGAAACUAAAGUGCGCUUUUCACUGAGCUGUGUGUGUGUGUGUGUGUCUUUCGUUUGACGUAAAGUUGCUCUUUCCUUCGGGAAGAAACGACUAAUUUUCAUCGGGUCCGCGUGUACAAUGACAACAACGUCGUCGUCCGCCGGCGGCGGCCCGCCGGAAGUGCGAAGCAGCCGGAUCAGCCAGAAGCAGCGCACCCCGAGCGACGGCACCGACUCAUCGUCGUGCAGUGCCCGCGAACCAUGGAUUUCCACCAACAAGAUCCUCAACAGCAGCCUGUGCGGCCGGCGCAUCAACAGCCGCAACCCGAACUUUGACUACGACGAGACGAAGCUGCUGAUCGCACUGUGGGGCGAUCCGGUGGUGCAGAAAACGCUCAUCACCACGCACAAGAAGCAUCCGGUGAUUGCCGAGCUGGCGCGCAAGAUGCGAGCCCACGGGUACAACCGGUCGACGGAGGAGAUUAACACGCGCAUCAAAAAUCUGAAAUGCUUUUACAACCGCAUCAAGAAGGAUAUGGCGGCGGGCAUUAUCAACCAGACGACGUGGCGCCAUUACGCCGAGAUGGAUGAAAUCAUCAGCCGGCCGGUGUUUGGCAAUAAUGCGGCACGGUUGCAGGUACAGCAGCAGCAGCAGCAGCAAACGAAUCAGUCGGAGUCGGAGGAGCAGGGAAGAAAUGAGCAGGAGGAAGGUGGAAAGGACGAGGUGCAUCAGUUGCCGGUGAAGCUGGAGCUGAUGAGCGACGACGAUGAUGAGUACGAGCCGACCGAGAUACGGGCGGAAGAUCUGCUUACCAUCGAUGCGAAGUUUCCGGACGACUCGCCAGCACCGACACCGAGCCAGCGGUCGAUGCGAAGAAGCAGGGGUAGUGCCGUCGGUGGUGGCAGUAAGAAUGGGAAGAAUGCCACCAACGGACGAGCCGCCGAACGGAAGCAAACGGAGGAUGAAGAUGAGGACGACGAUGAGGACGACGAUGACGAGGAGGAAGAGGACGAUGACGAAGGUAGCGACUUUGAUGUGGAAAAUGAAUUCAACGAUGGCUUGGAUGAGUUGCUCCAGAAAGCGCAGGCCACCAAGACCAACACCAUGGGGAAACCGGCCGGCCCGAAACCUGCUACCAAUGAGAGCGGGUUGGUGAUAAAGACAAUUACCUCCGGCAAUGGUACCACAAUUACGGCAACGGGCGGCACCUCCACGAGCAUACCGACGGCCGGGAAGAUAUCCGUAGUGCCGACGAAUCUACUGAUGAAGCAACCGACGGCAGCAUCGGUCGCGUCCAGCAUGGCCACCCCGAUACAGAUCUACACCCAGCCGACGAUGAGCCUCGGGAAGGGCGUUGCGUCUGCCGUGCCGGGCACGGUGGGAGCUUCCGCCGGCGGCGGUGGUGCUGGCGGCGUUCCGGGAGCACCAAUGAAGCUGCUCCUAGUGAACACCGUGGGCAAGGAUGGCAAAACGCAGCAAAUACUGACGCCCGCCUCGGAAGCGACGGCCGCCGGCAUGCCCAAGCUGCUGCCCGCCGCGAUGCCUCACACCAAGCUGCCGCUCUCGGUCACCGGCCAGUCCCCGAUCGUCACCAUACCGACCAUGAAUGUGCCCGGCAAGGUGGGCCUCGAGCAGCACAAACCGAGCGCGACCGGCGGGCGUUCGGCGUCCGGCGGCCAGUCGGCCGGUUUCCGCACCCUGCUCACCCAGCUCGUUACGAUACAGCGCGAAAAUCUGGCACUCAACCAGGAGCGGCUCGCGCUGGAGAAGGAGCGGCUCGAGUUCGAGAAGCAGUUCGGUGGCUCGCUGGUCGGCAUGGUGCGCAACAUGAGCACGUUCUUUGCCGGCAUGCUGCAGCAGCAGCGCAAGGAGCAGCACCAGGUGAAGGAUUCCGGCCAGCGCCCGGUGGCACCACCGGCGGACAGCAAAUCCCCGGUCGAGCAGGGAAGAAAAAGCCCGGACGGCAGCAAAUCCCCACCGAUCGGGGAGAAAGAACUGGAAGCCGUUCCCACCACCGCUGCUGCUGCUGCUGCUGCUGCUGGUGGUGCUUCGUUGGAGUUGAGUGAAAUUUCAUCCUCUCCUUCCUCGUCCGCUUCUACAUCGCGGGUUGCAUCGCCCACAUCCACCACGAAGGUGUCGGCUGGGGAGAAUGAAAAGGAAGCGAAGGAUGCGAGUGGUACGAAACGGCCUGCCGAACCGUCCUCUUCCUCGCCACCGGAAGAUUCUACCGUCGUGCCGGCCGCAUCCACCGGGAAGGCGACAUCCACGUCGGACGUGACGCUGCCCAAGAAGCGCCGCAUGAUGACACGCAACUCAGCGCAGCACAACACAGCGCACCCUGCCGGAGACGCUAACCACGGAGCUGCGGACGACGAUCCGCUCAAGACGGAAAUCAUCAGCGAUGCGGACGAGCAGUGAACGCGAUGCGCCAUACGUUUAAAGUUUUCUGUUCCUUUCUUUUUCGUUCGUUUUUUCUCGAGUGCUUACUUUAAGACCACUUCGAUGCUUCGAUUGCUUCGUUACAAUUCCAUUCUAUUUAUCGCUUGGUAUAGGUUUUUUAUAUAAACCCUAUUGAAUUAUGUUCGUUCAGGCACACUGCACGAUUACCAGCUCUCGGGCUGGGAAAAAAAGACACUGUAAGAUCUAAAAAGAGAUGAAA